GAAAGCCUGAGCCAGAACUACAAGGGCCAGCCCUGAGCUUUCAGGAUAGGGUCUCCAGGGCAAACGAGGUGAAGCCUUUGGAAAAGAAAGACAUUGAUAGGACCCAUUGGGUCAGCUGGUGGCCAGAGCGCUCAUGCUUCUGCCUUGGCUCACAGGAUUUGGGGCUGGAUUGCUCUUCCUGCACUUCGUGCAGAAACUUCUCUUCCCCUACUUCUGGGAUGAUUUGUGGUUCCUGCUCAAGGUGGUGCGCUAUGGAAUUCAGAUGGAGAUAUACAAACUGAGAGGGGAGCUGGUCACCGUGCUCGAUAAGUUCCUGAGCCACGCCAGGAGGCAACCACAGAAAGCCUUCAUCAUUUAUGAGGGGGACGUCUACACCUACGAGGACGUAGACAAGAGGAGCAACAGAGUGGCCCACGCCUUCCUGACCCACUCCUCGCUGAAGAGGGGGGAUGUCGUGGCUUUGCUGAUGAGCAACGAGCCAGACUUCGUUCAUGUGUGGUUUGGCCUGGCUAAGCUGGGCUGCGUGGUGGCCUUCCUCAACUCCAACAUCCGCUGCAAUUCCCUCCUCCACUGCAUCUGCACCUGCGAGCCCACGGCCGUGGUGGUGGGCGGAGAUUUACUUGGAAGCAUAGAAGAAAUCCUUCCCAGCCUCCCCAAACACAUCACUGUUUGGGGAAUGAAGGACUCUGUUCCACAAGGUGUAGUUUCACUCCAAGAAAAGCUGAGCCUGGCCUCCGAUGAGCCAGUGCCAACAAGCCAUCACGUCACCUCAAGCCUCAAGUCUACCUGCCUCUAUAUUUUUACCUCUGGAACAACAGGUCUACCCAAAGCAGCUGUGAUUAGUCACUUGCAGGUGUUGAAGGGAUCUCUCGGGCUGUGGGCUUUUGGCUGCACAGCUGACGAUAUUAUUUAUUUAACCCUCCCUCUGUACCAUAGUUCAGGGGCUCUCCUUGGAAUUGGUGGCUGUAUUGAGUUGGGUGCUACAUGUGUAUUAAAGAAGAAAUUCUCUGCAAGCCAAUUUUGGAAUGAUUGCAAGAAGUACAAUGUGACUGUGUUUCAGUACAUUGGAGAACUCUGCCGUUAUCUGUGCAAACAGCCUCAGACAGAAGGGGAAAAGGACCAUCAGGUGCGUUUGGCAGUUGGAAAUGGUAUGCGAAGUGAUGUGUGGAGACAGUUUUUAGACAGAUUUGGAAAUAUUAAAAUGUGCGAAUUUUAUGGUGCCACUGAAGGAAACAUAUGUUUCAUGAACCACACGGGGAAGAUUGGAUCCGUUGGGAGAACAAACUUCUUUUACAAGCUUAUUUUUGCUUUUGAGUUGAUAAAGUAUGACUUCCAGAAAGACGAACCCGUGAGGAACGAACAAGGCUGGUGUCACCGUGUGAGAAAAGGAGAACCAGGGCUUCUCAUUUCUCAUGUGAAUACGAAGAAUCCUUUCUUUGGCUAUGCUGGCUCUUACCGACACACGAAAAGCAAGCUGCUUUUUGAUGUUUUUAAGAAGGGAGAUGUUUACUUCAAUACAGGAGACCUAAUGGUCCUGGAUCACGAGAACUUCCUUUAUUUUUGGGACCGUAUUGGAGACACUUUCAGGUGGAAAGGAGAAAAUGUUGCAACCACAGAGGUAGCCGAUGUAAUCGGGAGGUUGGACUUCAUACAGGAAGCAAAUGUGUAUGGGGUGCCUGUGCCAGGUUAUGAAGGGAAAACAGGGAUGAUUUCUAUUAUUCUAAAACCAAACAAGUCUUUAGACUUAGACAAAAUGUACGACCAAGUUGUAACAUCUCUACCAGCUUAUGCCUGCCCACGGUUUUUAAGAAUUCAGGAUAAAAUGGAAACAACUGGGACUUUCAAGCUGCAAAAGAUACAAUUGGUGGAAGAAGGAUUUCAUCCACUGAAGAUUUCUGACCCACUUUACUUUAUGGAUACCUUGAAAAAAUCUUAUGUUCCAUUGACCAAAGAAAUUUAUAAUCAGAUAAUGUUAGAGGAGCUUAAACUUUAAGACCAUUUUUAUGGGACUUUAAUGCCUUCCUGGGAAAGAUGAAGGAAGACAAAUGAGUUCCUUGGUUGACCACCAGGAAGAGUUCCUUUCAUAAAUCAAUCAUGAGUUGAAAAUAUUAUACACAAAGAAUGAAUUUGAUAUACCUAAGCUCUCAAGGUCCAUACAUCCCAGCACAGUGAACCAUGAGAUGUGAGAUGUUCAUCCCAUGGUCAUGUGACUGAUGGGGGGAUGCUGCUCACAGCUGCUGCCCAGGAUAUCCAGAAAGCAGCCUACAGCAUAACAUGUGGUCACAAUUCAAAGUACAGUGUUUCUGGGUACAUUUGGGAAGUAAAACCAAACAGACCAUAGUGUUACCACACGACUCUUGGACUGCAGGAAAUGUGGUGAUUUACUCUGAAGCAGAGACGGGGAAGUAGUGUUCAGCUUGUACCACAUUCCCUUCACAGGCAAAAGUUCCUUGAGUUUAAUAAGGCUUCAAUUGGCUUCAUCUCAUAUAAACUUCAGCUGAUUUUUUUAGUUAGAAGACUCAAUACAUAACUAAAUAUUUGCCUUAAUACUGAAGAUUUUAAAUAAUGCAUAAGUAGUUAACAGUUAAUCACUUAAAAUACUUUCUAAUAUGUGAAGAUUCUAAUUUUCAAUGGAUAGUAAAACUUUUACUCAGUUUAUUUUUAUGUGCUCUAACUUGUUACUCAAUAAAACCACCUUUAAUAAUA